AUGUCUACUACUGAGAUAGAUCCUCCACCGUCUAAUCGCCGCAAAGGUCAGCAACUCGAGAAGCCUAAUUCUGCGAGAGUCAGAGCAGGGGCUAAACAACAAGAAGAGUAUGCCCCUAUUCUCGAUUUUGCUGUUCAAAUUAGUAACUCUUUCAGGAAUAAUCUCCAAGAAGGUCUUGAGGCAAGAUUGGCUCGCAUUGAGGAGCAGCUCCAAAUUGUUCUCAACGCUGCCAAAGAUGCUCAAACUGCCAGGCCGGAUGACCAAUCCAGUCCAAGUGACUCGGCGGAAUCAGUUCUCAACAAUACUGCAAAUUUCGAAGAAAUGGCGAAAAGGGGGUUUGCUUGGAAAUUCGAUCCAGUUAGCCCAGCAGUUUACCAAGGUCCUCAACCAAACAUUUUGGAAUUACCCCCUCUUGAUGAGAUUCUACCUAUAGUAGACCACUACUUCACCACCUUCAACGGCGUCGUUCCUCUCUUUCAGCAGCCAGAGUUCAUGAAGCUUCUUUCGACAUGGUAUAAACAGCCCGAAACACGAGAUAGAGCUUCGUGGGCUGCUAUUCAGACCGUCUUGGCCAUUGGAUAUCGCACUCCACAGCUCUCGCUACGGGACAGUCAAUCAGUGCAUAUUGAAAAGGCAGAUCAAUGUUUGAGGAAUGCACAGACUGUUGUGUCAGAGCUCGUCACGCGCGAUGAGGACUUGCUCGGCGUUCAGAUAUUAUUAGGUAUCGUGAUGCUGUUCCAGAAUAGUCGCGACCCGAAACCAGCGAGUGUUCUUAUUGGAACAGCGGUUAGGCUGGCGCAUAGACUCAAGUUGCACUCGCAAGAAGCGGCGAUGCAGUUUCCAGCUGCAGAGGCAGAGCAGAGAUCGCGCGUGUUUUGGAUUGCGUACACUCUUGACAAGGACAUUUGUCUUCGUGCGCAAACCCCUUCGUGCCAGUUCGAUGAAGACAUCGAUAUUAGUCUCCCUGCACCUGCACCACCAGAUAGCGUUGGCUUGAUAUGGACGCAAAACGGCCAGGUGCACUUCAACUACCAUCGAAGGCGUGUGGAACUAGCUUACAUACAAGGCAAAGUGUACGAUCUUUUGUACUCGAACCGCUCAAGCAAGGUGACUGCCCAGGAGCGACAACGAAGGGUAACUCGACUUCAAUCUAUGCUUGAUCAGUGGUACGAGCGCAUUCCAAAUGUCUUUCAUAUCGAGCAUGUCGCUGCGACGGUGGGACCGAGCCAGCUUGUGCAGAUGACAAAGAUGCACCACGCUUUUCUGCUGACGGAAGUGAUGAUUCAUGGUAUUUACAGCCAUAAUGCUGAAUGGGUCAAGAGAAUCAGCUCUUUUAGUAGAGCUACGAUAACUUCUGUUGGAAACCUGGAGAAUAGGGGCUUUGGUGGCGCUGGGAAGUGUCAGGACCAAGCACCCCCUUUACCUGAGGGAUGGAAUCAUUGCGUGGACGUGAGCAGAGGGUGUAUGAAGCUAUUCCAGGAAGCUACACCGACAGAGUGUCUAAUUUGGUAUGUCAGUUACAGAGAGACUCGGGAUAUUACUGACCAGCGCAGGCAAUGUAGCUGCUCUCAUUUCUCCGCGCUCAUCGUCCUCCUCGCCAACAUGAUUCUCAACCCCGGCCACAACUCGAUCCACAUUGAUCAGCACCUCUCAGUAAAAGCGCUCGAUCUCUUCGACAAGCUUCUAAAGAUAAUUGACGACGAGGCAUUCAGAGCUUUGCGAAGUGUUGUUGGUGAACUCAGCCAGAGGGCGCAAACGGCUGUGGCGGUGUAUAGAGAGGAGCUGAAGGGAUCGGGGAAGGAUGUCUUUGAAGCACUGAACGUGGAUGAUGUGGCUGUGCGGGAGGCGGAUUUCUUACCGGCGGGGGACAUGUUUGAGGGGCUUGAGGGGCCGUUUGUGGGGUUGGACGGACCGUUUGUCGGGUUGAGUGGGGAGCUUGAGCGGGGCUUCGGAGACGGGAUGGGCUUCAUGGACGGCGGAGUGUUGGACAUGGAGUUUAUGAGAUGA